AUGUUAAGUAGCAGACACGAUGAUAAAAAAUUUGUAAUUCCAGAAGAGUGGAGAACUUCAUAAUACUUUUUAGGAAAUAGAUAUUUAAAAGAAGACAAGUAUGAAAGAUUUGUAGAAAAGAAAAAUGAUAUAGAGUACUUGAAGAAAUAGUUUAAGAAUAUAUUUGAUGCUUAUAUUGAGAAGCUUGAAUAUGAAGACAGAGAAAUUCCUAUUUUAUUUUUAGACUUCAUUGUUUAAAUGUUUUUAUUUGCCUUGUCACAGGAUUUCAACUUUAAAAAAACUACAACUUUGAUUGAAAUAUGCUAUAAUGUUUACUCUGAAUCAUUUAAUAAAAGGCUAUCGUCAGAAAAGUCAUUGAAUCUUUUGAAGUAAAUAUUAGUACGCCAUUCAUUAUUUAGACCUCCCGUUUCGAUUCUCGUGUUUGAUUUAGACGAAAUAAAGAAAAUCAACAACUUUAUGCUACAUAAUUUCUACAGACAUUAUGAGAUGUAUUUAUUUGCAAAUACUCCCUUUGUUAACUUAGAAAUAAGAACCUUUGAUAUGUUUAAAUCUAAAUUCCCUUACACAGAUUUUCUUAGCGAUGGUUAAGUAAUACCAAGAACGGAAAUCCCUAUGCUUCAAGAAUAUCUUAUUGAUAAAGAAACUGGUUUAACCCCUGAAUAAUUAGAGGAAAUUAUGAAGGGAGAUAGUAUUCAUAUGGUUCCCCCUAAAAAAAGAGAAGAAUGGAUGAGACUCAAGAGAGAAAGAGAAAGAUAGUAAAAAAUAGACAAAGCUAUAUAAAAGGAAACUGAAAGACUUAAUAAAGAAAUGGAGGAAAAGAUGAAAGUAUAAGAUGAUGCUUUUAUAGAGGCUGUUCAAAAUAUAAAAAAUCCAAAAAAGAAAUGA